AUGGAAUCAGCGAUCCGUAUCUCAGAAAUUUCCACCGCUAAAGAUACGCGCAAACUUUCAUUAAAUGUUCUCGCUACAACUGGGUUUCGGAAAUCAUAUCAGUUUCGUAGCUCUGCCCAAGCUGGAACAGAUGAAGCUAGUAGCUAUCGUGAUGCGUUGCAAACUGUGCCGGACAAUGUAAUAUUGAUCAUGUUUAUCCCUUUCCGAUAUUUGUGUCUACCCUUAAUGCCGAAAUCUUGGAGGCUAGUGGGUAAGGCUGCUACUGAUUUCAAAGUAUACAUGGAAAAUAUGCUGGAUGAAGAGUCUACCUUACUCAAAGAAGGUAAAGUCGGCAGUGGAACUUUAAUGACUUCUUUUGGAAAAGCUUUGGGAGUACAUCAGAAAGAGGACAUGGUUCCAUCCCAACAAACAGCACAAUCUCCUUUCAAGGGCCUUACAGUCGAAGAAAUUUUUGGCAAUAUUUUUGUUAUAAAGUUCGCCGGGCACGAUACCACAGCAAAUACACUAGCUUUCAGCAUGAUCCUCCUUGCAGCUCAUCCAGAAGUUCAAGAUUGGGUUGCGGAGGAAUUACAAGAAGUCAUCAAAGACGCUGCCGACGAAUUAUUGGAAUACGAGAAGGUGUUUGAGAAGCUUAACAGGUGUAGAGCUGUACUGCUCGAAACUCUUCGACAAUUUCCGCCCAUCAUGGCACUGCCAAAGUGGAGCAAUGAAAUUCCGCAAACGCUACAGAUACAAGGGAAGACUAUCGUCAUACCACCCCAUACAGGAGUAAUGCCUAGUAUACUAGGAAUUCAAAUGCAUCCAAACUACUGGAAAGAUCCAUCACUUUGGAACCCUUCUCGCUGGAUUGAAUCUACGCCAGAUCCGACUUCUCAAACUAACAUAUUGAUCACAGAGAAAGUUAUUACUCCUGCCAUUAGUCGAAUUUGUCGCAGUUUUGACAAUCUUGUUACGACAUCAUCGAGUGAGUAUCGUUCAAACGUCAAUGAACCCCCAGAAAAGGCAAAAGAGAGAGCCUUGGCUGUCACUGAAGACUGUGACAUGGAAUUGCUUCUGAAAAUGCGAGACGCUGACCAAGUAAAAUUGACUUGGAAGAAGGUUUAA